AUGGCUUCCACAUCCGAUAGCUUAGGUUCCUACCCCUUCUCUUUAUCUAAGCCAUUUGUGGCCUUGGAUCAAACGCCUGGCGAUGUGAAUAAUCGAAUCCGAGAGGCCCAGUUGCUACUGGCGCUUAGAAAUGAAGAUUAUGAUACCCAAACUUCACCCCGAAUUGCACCAACAAUAUCUUUUCAAGAAUCGCCUCUCGGAGCGGUAGUCUACGCCGUCAACCCCCUGCACUCUCCCAACUCGGACGGCUUGCCCAUCUCAGUAUCUGGCGAGGUGCAGGGCCCGAGGAAACGUCGGCUGAAGGAGCACGCGAACCGUCUCCAAGAAAACAUCUCACAGGUUGCAAAACGAGCGCGGUUGCCCACCACCACUGGCGGCGACAGUCUGCCUGCAUUUGAACCUACAAUUAUUGAGAAUAGUGGUAAUGAGUCAUCUCCCUCCGGCUCCAAGAUACAUUCCCAGAGCGACCCGCGCUCUUCGAAGAUCUCUGAUAGCGACCAUGGGUCCGCUUCUCUCACCAUGUCUUCCACGUCGAGCGAAACUCGUUUCAGCACAACGCAGUUAUCAUGUCCCGAUUUUCUGACCGCAGAUAAUGAGAGGCUUCGGCGGAACAAUCAACAACUGCUGUCAGAACGAGACUCAAUAAGAGCGGAGAGAGACAAGUUACGACGACGGAUGGAAAGAUGGGUUGAUCCUAUAGAGAAAAUUUUGGAGGAUGUUUUGUACCUACCAGAAACACCGCCUGGGGUACGUAGGAAGCUAUGUGAGCUGGGUCAGGCAGUGGAAGAUAUCAGGAAGGAACUUGGAUAG